GAGCUGUCAAAGCUUGUUGUGAAUGAAACUUGUUCGGUGCUUCGUUUCUCCGUAAAACAAUCCGUUGUCGUGGCCAAAAGUGGUCCCGCUGGUGAGUAGGACCUCCGGCGUGAUAAGUUUCAUCGUUUUGAGCAGUUUUCGGGACCGCUUUUCAGUGAUGCACGCGUGCGCCGUCGUCGGGUGAAAGUUCCGUUUUUUUUUUUGUUGGGUUUGUUGACCUCUCGGGGAAGGGGGGAAUCGAGACCAUGAACGGCACCAUUGUCAAGUACUUCAAGAGUCCCAAGGGGGACGACGGUCGGCGGAAGAGUUCGGGCGGGGAGGAAGAGUUGAAAGAUGAGGGGAAGGACGUUUCGGCGGUGGAGGAAGAACCGGAACCUGGUCCCUCGAAACCGUCCAAGAGUGAGGUGGACCGACUGAUUGCGGAGAACAUGGCCUCGGUGCUAAAGUCGCUCAAGAAGAAGCGAAGUCAUCGGUGCAGCAAGCGGAAACGAGCCGAGGAACAUCGGGAGAAGGGCGAGACCCCGGCGGAAGAUGAUGGCUCCGAAUCCAGCCGCCACACGUCCCCCCGCAAAUCAAAGGAAGUUCCGGCCGAUCCUCCGGAAGAUCUUCCCGCCAAAGAUCCGCCCAAGGAGGGCAGCAACAAGGAGAACAAAACGGUCAACGCGUUCCAGCUGAUGAUGGCCUCCCGCAACAAGGCCAUCGGCUCGAACUCCCCCGGCCGGGACACGCACUCCGACACGCCCGAUCCGGCCGAGGUGCAAAAAAAGGACGAAAAGGUCAAACGGAAGCUCAAGCUGGAAGAGUGGGCCGACCGGAAGGGCGCCGGCAAGCGCAAGCUCCAGGACGAAGCCCAGGAAGAGUACAUCGAGCACCAGAUGAACCGUCGCGCGAAGCGCCUGAAAAAACUAAUCAAAAACAUGGACGUCGAAGAGGAGGAAGCGGAAGUCGUUCCUCCGGAACCGGUUCUCCGCGAAUCCCCCCGCAAAAGUGGCCGACACCCUCCGAAAGAAGCCCCACUAAAAGUGACCGCGAAACGCGGCCGAAGGCGACUCUCGUCCGCGGAAGACGUGGCCACGCCGGAACAAUCGCCGGUUAAAAAGGCCGCCGACGACGACGACGAGGACGAGUUUGUGACCAAGCUGAGUUCGCCGCUGAAGAAAAAGGACAGCCUGCUGGGGUACUUUGCCAAGAUGGGCAAAUCGCCGUCGGAGGGGACGACGGCGCCGGAAGCGACGGUGACGACGCCGACGAUCGUGGUGGCCGAGACCGCCCCAAAACGUGGCCGUCCCCGCCGCCAACCCGCUCCCCCCGCGCUUCCCCCGGAAGAAGAGCCGGCCCUCGUGCUGAACCCCAUCAUCGUGGAGGAGCUUUCCGAGGACGUUCCGGAAACACCCCCAACCGCAACCGCACCCACCUCCGCCGGUGGCCGCCCCCGCCGCUCCUGCGCCGGCAAGGUCAAAGACUACGCCGUGUUUGGCGGCACCAGCCCGGACAAGGAACCAUCGGGCAAAAAGCCGAUCGUGACGCCGCUGAAGAUCAUCAACGUGGGCUCGCCGGCGACGAUGCAGGUCGUCCGGUCGCCGUCGGUGCGCAGGUUGAGUGGGGAGUGGAGUGAGACGCCGGGAACGCCGCGAUCGAGCAAGAGUGGGGUCAAGUUGGCGCCGCUGUUUGUGAAGAAGGUGGCGGAGGAUCCGGAGAAGGCGCGCGCGCGGCAGGAGUUUCUGAUGUCCGGGAUUCCGGACAAGAUGCGGCUGGAGAUUGAGAAGCAGCGGUGCUACGAGGAGUCGAUCUUGAACGAGUCGCCGGUGUUUCCGCUGGUUAGUCAUGUGCAGCAGUUGGAGGGGGAGGUUGAAGGGACGAUCGUGGAUUUGGACGAUUGUCGAGUGCGGAUUCUUCCGGAAUUGACGCCGGAGGAGGAUGGUGACGAGGAGGAUGAGUUUGAGUUUGCCACGUUGACGAGUUGCGACGACGAUCAGGUCGAGGGCGUGCUGGCCAAGUUGGUUGAUCAGGGCGAUCAUCUGUUUCGGUACGAGUUGCCGGAGAUUGCGGACGUGAAGAGCAUUGUCCGGGAGUGGAAGCAGGUCUACAAGCACUUUCCUGUGUUUAAGUGCUAUAAGCAGUUCCGGGCGACCUUCGUCGAGCACUGUGACGAACCGUUGCCGCCGCCGCCGGGACGGACUCGUGAAGAAGUGCUUUCCGAGGACAGCAUCGAGUUGAUCGAGCCGAAGUUUUCGCAUGCAAAUGGGGAGUUGCUGUUUACGGAAAAGUACAAGCCGAUGAAGUUGGACGACAUUCUGAUCAACUGCCAGCCGGCGAUCACGCUGAAGAAGUUCUUGUCCAGUUGGAAGGAGGAUCGAUCGCAGAGCAAUCCGUACGACUCGGGAGAUGACUUUGAGCUGUCGAACUCUUCAAGUGCGAGUAGUUCUGCGAUCUGCAACCACAUCGUACUGAUCGGACCGCCCGGAUGUGGCAAGACCUCGAACGUGUACGCCGUGGCCAACGACAUGAACUUCAACGUGCUUGAGCUGAACGCCAGCUCUCGGCGAAAGGGCAAGAUCAUCCUGCAGGAACUCCAAGAGGCCACCCAAAGUCACCAGGUUCGGCGCAAGGAAGCCGACUCCGGCGUGGACAUCUUCAAGAAGGCAAUCGCCCGCAAGGGAAGCAAAACAAAACUCCGCAAGGCCUCAACCGAUUCCGAACCCUCGUCCAAGAAGCUCUCCCUCAUCCUGAUCGAGGACGCAGACAUCGUGUUCGACCAGGACGACGGCUUCGUCGCGGCCAUCAACCAGCUCAUCUCGACCUCCAAACGACCCAUCGUACUGACCACAACCGACCCAAACUGCGCCCACCUGGCCCGCUUCAUCUCCAACAACGUAAUCCGCUACGUCGCCCCCGGAAUCGCUCACGUCGCCAAACUCCUCUCGAUCCUCGCGAUCGUCGAAAAGGUCCACAUCGACCAGUCCGACCUGGCCCGACUCUACGCCCUCAACCGCAAAGAUCUCCGCAAAACAAUCAACGAACUGCAGUUCUUCAUCCAAAGCGGCGGCGAUCGCAACCUCCCCCAAACCCCACUCCUCAUGAUCGAACCCGAUCUCCACCUCCGCGAGUCCUCCACAACGCCAACCUUCGCCGAUCACGACGAAACCUCCAACCAGUCGGAACCCGCCCCAAACAACACCCUCACCCCUACCCGUCGCCACCGGUCCCUCUUCCGCCUGUUCGCCCGCAACCAAAACGAACCCCAGCAGCUCAUCCGGGCCCCGCUCAACCUGGACAACCUCUGGUGCAACAUGGAACGCGUGCUACGAACCGCGCCACCACCACCACCGAAGAUCGUCACUCCGAAGCGAAAAAAGGGCAAACCCGUGGCAAACCGAAAGCAGCCGUCGGACCAACUGGACGAGUUGGUGUUCUUCUACGAGAGUGCGUCCGUGGCCAGUUUGAUUCAGCGGGACGCGAAGGCGGUUGAGGAUCGGCUUGUGGAUCACCUGGAGGAGGAUAUUGCGCACGAGCUGGUGGAGAGGUCGUGGGAGCGGUGGUUUGAGGGGGAGUUGAGCCAGGCGACGGCGGCGGCGAAGAAUAAGCGACGAAGUGGCGUCGGGGCCAUGUGCUACGAUAGUUUGAAGCAGUUUGACGAUGAAGGACGCCAAACCAUCUCGGCGUACAUCGGCCUCGGCGGCCCAAUCCGCACGCGGGCCACCUACUGCGACUGCGAGCCGCUCCUGCGGGCCAUCUGCCGCACCGAGCGGGAACGGUCGCGUGUCGAACGGCGGGGCAGCCGGUUCUAUCACUACUUCCGCAAUUAUGUGGGCGUGGCGGCGAGCGGAACCGGCACGAUGGUGGCGUCCAGCUUUAGCGUGGACCACUUUGACUCGCUGAGCACGCGCUUCGAGGAGGUGCUUAAGACGACGAAGGUACCGACGGAAGCUGCGGCGGAAUCGUCCGACGAGAGUCGCUGACGGUCGUCGUCGUCGUAGCGAGUCGGUUAGGUACAAUUUAGUUAAGGGUCGUUCACAGUUGAGCAUUAAACGUUAGGACUAACUGUUUCUGUGUUUAUUCCACUUAGGGCUAAUUUAUUCCGUACAAAAACAAGAAAAAAAAGAAGAAAACCGUUUUGGCUCCUUUUGCGUACAAAAAGUGUAACAUUUUACAGAUUAAUAAAACACAAUUAAUCCGGAAACUCCCCCCAAAACAAACGUCUCAACUCUAGAACUGAUUACCGCCAACGUCCGGUUCCGCCCCGGAAGACCGCUGCUUCAUCGGCCUCGGAUCAGGUGGAUAAACUCCGCCCGAUUCGCGCCUCUUCCGACUGUCGCGCAGCAUGUUUUGGCGCGAGUGCUUGAUGAAGCUCUGGAUCGCCGUCAGGAUUGGCUUCUGGUUGGCCUGGGCUUCCUCGGUGCUGCGGCCCAGGUUCAGCGUCUUGGUGAGCAGAUCGAUGAUGCCCACGCUGUUGCCGAACACGUACUUGGUGUACUCUGUAAAGUGGAUCGAAUAAACGAACAGUGUUUCUCAAGGCCAA